AUGCCACCAAUUCCAUCCACUGCAAAGCAAUUGACAUCCAAAGAAGUUGUUCUGUUCCUUUCGAGGUUCACACCAUGUGAUGUCUCCGACUCUUUGAAUAAAGCCGGAAUCGCAAAUGGUGGAUUUAUACCAAACUUGGUCAACCAAUCACCAGUACCCAACGAAACUAGCUCAGCGUGUGGCAAAGCAUAUACAGUUCUUUACGCUCCAAAGUCUGACCCACGUCCAGCAGUGAAACAAGCAUAUAUUGAUGAAGUUCCUGAAGAUGCUAUAGUAAUGAUUGGACUUCCAUUGGAAUUGCAGACUGUGAAUGCACCAUAUGUCAAGGUUAAUAAUGCCCUUUAUGGUGGCUUAAUGUCGACACGUGCACAAUAUAGAAAGGCAAAUGGAUCUGUAAUCUUAGGACGCAUUAGAGAUUUGGAUGAACAUAAUGACUUGAAGUAUCCUGUUUGGUCGUAUGGUGUGGGAACAAGUGCACCAGGGCCAUUGGUCAAAGUCGUGGGUGUUAAUGUCCCCUUGCAAGUCAAGGUAGCAAGUAUCGAAGAUGCUUCAAAUGACGGGGAAGAAAUCUUGACCAUAAAUCCCGGAGAUUACAUAAUUGCAGAUAAGAAUGGUGUUGUUAAGUUAGAAGACAACGAUAAACUUGCAGAAGUUCUCGAAUACAUUCCAAAGCGAGUUGAAGCUGAUACAAGAGUCAGUGAAGAUAUAAAACGCGGGAAACCAGCUGCAGAAGCACAAAAACAUUGGAGAAGUAAAAUUUAA